AAAGGUGACAGUAUAAAGAAAAUCCGUGAGGAGAGUGGUGCCAAAAUCAAUAUUUCAGACAGUUCUUGCCCAGAACGAAUCGUUACUGUCACAGGAAUAACAGAAGUUAUACUUAAAGCCUUCACUCUGGUUGCUAGGAAGCUAGAAGAGGACUUACACAACAUCCCUAACACUAACCUUCCAAGGCCUCCAGUAACUCUUCGCCUCAUCGUUCCGGCUAGUCAAUGUGGUUCACUUAUCGGUAAAAGCGGAUCGAAGAUUAAAGAAAUCAGAGAAUCCUCUCUCAAAGGAGCAACAGUACCUUACCGUCCAAAGUCAACAAUACCAUCGGUCAUAUUUGCUGAUGGUCAAGCCUAUACCAUUCAAGGGCAAUAUGCUAUUCCACACCCUGAUCUGAUCAAACUCCACCAUUUAGCUGCUGUACAGAAUGCACCAAUGUUGUCUUGUCAUACCUUUGGGCCCCAGUCUGCUCAUG